AUGAAAUCAUUCAUCGCUAUCGUUUUUUUCGCCGUUUUGGCUUUAGCUUCAGCUCAAUAUUAUGGUCACGGUGGCUAUAACCGUGGUUUGGUUGGUGGUUACGGAAAUUACGGUGGUCACUCUGGUUUAAUUCGUGCUAGUCCGGUUGGUUACGCUGCUCCAGCUUACGGUGCACAUGGUCUUGGUCUUGGUGCUUAUGGAGCUGGUCAUCGUGGUUUGGCUCUCGGUGGUGGUUAUCCAGGCGCUUAUGGCCGAUUCCAUGGAUAA